AUGGUCAUCACAUCGAAACGAGCUGAUCCACCAACAAUUUCGACUCCCGAUCACAAGCAAAUGAUUGAUCCAUCGAUGGCCUCGCCACGCACUCCACGUACUCCACGCACUCUGAUCUCGCAACUUCGUCCACCGAUCAUCGACUCAAAAACCUUAACGCCACUUUCCGAAGUGCGCGAGAAGUUUCGCGGCAUUCAAAAUUGCCUUGAUACACUCAACCAAAGACUUCAAGCAGCUGCACAGACGUCUUCUCCAUUGGUACGAAUAACCGCUCCACGACGAGGACCAUUAAAAGUCAUGAGGAUGCCGAGUCCUAUCAAAGCAACCAACGAAGUGAUUCUCGCGAGAGCGACUCCAGCUCCAAAAGUUCUUCCUGCUUGCCUUCCUAUCAAUCGUGGCCGAGCUCAUUGCGAUAACACAACGGCUUCGGGAGUGUCAGCCCGAUCGUCACGUCGCCCAUCGGUGCCUCGAGUCUCAACGAAAAUUCUUCCAAAAGAUCGACCCUCGAUCACAACAACGGCGGCGCCACCACAAAGACGCUCAUCGAUUCCACGAGUUUCUGUCUCAUCCGCGUCUCUCGUAAACACAAAAGCCGAAAGCGUGCUUCUUCGAGAACGACGUCCAUCGAUCCCACGAAUUUCCAUUUCAGCCUGCAAUGUUUCCUUCAAUCGGACUCAACCAAAGACGAGUCUAGUGUCAUUAAAUGCUAGCGGCUAUCUUCCUCGUCGUCCGUUGCCGAGUCUUGCCAAAGAACUUCUUGAUAGACUGCCACCGAAAAAUCGCAACGAUUGGGCUCAAGCGACUCCGCCAGCAAAAGAAAAACGCAAAAGUGGAAAGAAUCAAAAGACGGAAAAGCUAUUAGGAGCACUUGAAACAACCACGGCACGAUUGGAAAGCAUCAAGAUUGAGGAAACGAUGAAGGAUGCCCCUUCUCUAACAGUCGAUGAAAAAAAGGAUGCCCCUUCUCUAACAGUCGAGCCGAAAAGGGACAAACCAUGGAGUCGCGAGGAUUUCAAAUUUAUUGCACCACUCGGUAAAGGCGGGUUUGGCAUUGUGGACAAGGCGCUAGCGGUUCGCGGCGGGAUGCACGUGGCGAUCAAGAGCGUCUCUCUCAUGUGGCUCAUUCAAAAUAACGCUCUCAACAUGAUCAAGUCCGAGAUCGGAAUACAAUCAGAGCUCAAACAUCGUAACGUGAUCAAACUGCAUGGAUAUUUUUGUGAUAAAGAUCGUCUAUCGAUUAUAAUGGACGUCGGUGAAAGGGGAGACUUAUUUGAUCGAAUUGCAGCAUCUGGACAACUUGAUGAACAUCUAUCGGCCAAAAUUGUAUGCCAACUGUCGGAUGCGCUCUCAUAUUGCCACUCGAAAGGUGUGAUUCAUCGCGAUUUAAAGCCGGAGAAUGUGCUACUUGAUAAAGCCGACAAUGCUCUGCUUUCUGAUUUUGGUUGGUCAACUCGAGUCGAGCGUGACGAGAUUCGAACGACUUUUUGUGGAACUUUCGACUACAUGGCACCCGAGUUGACUCGUCACCAACCGUAUGACAAAAUGGUAGACAAUUGGGCGCUCGGCAUUUUGUGCUUUGAGUGCUUGGAGGGACGUCCACCUUUCGCUGCCGGGCUUCCUUUUGCUGUGCAACUUGAGGUUCCAUUUACUGAUGCACAUUCGGAUUUGGCCCGUGAUUUGAUCGGAUCGCUUGUACGAGAGGUGCCAAAAGAGCGUUUUAUGCUGGAAGAGGUGAAAAAGCACGCAUGGAUCCAGAAGCAUUGCCCCGAUGCGUUGGCGCUCACCAAAUCACGUCCCGAUCUCAUC